GCCAGCAAGCAAACUGCUACUUCUUUGAAAGAUUUUAGUGUCGCUACCUUUCGAUUGUUUUUGUGUUUGAAAGAUAAGAGAGCGAUGGGAGUGUUAUUUCAAGUGCUUGUUGUUUCCACUCUUACUGCUUCUCUUUACAUGAUCUGGAGAAUAUUGUUUUCUUGCUGGAUCUCGCCUGCUGGGGCGUAUCUUAAGUUAAGGAAAAAUGGGUUUGGUGGUCCAACUCCAUAUUUCCCUCUAGGAAAUCAUAAGGAAAUAAAAAAUAUUAGUAGGAAAGCCGCAGCAGCAGCUUCUUCUACUAAUAUUACUACCCUUUCUUCUCCUGGGACCUCAGAAAUCUCUAACGAUAUUCAUUCUUCAGUUUUUCCCUACUUCUCUCAAUGGCAAAAGUCUCAUGGCAAGGUAUUCAUUUACUGGUUAGGUACAGAGCCAUUUCUGUACAUAGCAGACCCAGAGUUCCUGAAAAAAAUGAGUUCAGGGGUGAUGGGAAAGAGCUGGGGAAAGCCUGAAGUGUUUAAACAUGAUAGAGAGCCCAUGUUUGGUAACGGUUUGCUCAUGGUUGAAGGUGAUGAAUGGGUUCGCCACCGCCAUGUUAUCACUCCUGCAUUCUCUCCAGCCAACUUGAAGGCUAUGUCAAGCUUGAUGGUGGAGUCCACCACAAAGAUGCUAGACAAGUGGGCUGCCCUCAUAAAUUCCGGCAGCCAAGAAAUCGACGUCGAGAGAGAAAUCACCGCGACGGCUGGAGAGAUCAUAGCCAAGACAAGCUUUGGCAUAAGCUAUGAAAAUGGGAGCAAAGUGUUUGAAAAACUAAGGGCAAUGCAAACCACUCUAUUUAAAUCAAACCGUUAUGUAGGAGUACCCUUUAGCAAGCUCAUGUUCCCUGGGAAAACCAUCGAGGCCAAGAAACUUGGAAAAGAAAUCGAUGCUCUCCUCUUAACUAUCGUAACAGCUCGUAAGAAUUCUGAUGAGGUGUGCGGUCAAAAAGACUUGCUAGGGUUGCUGCUCCAGGAGAACGGUGUAGAUGGGCGGUUAGGGAAGAAGUUCACAACAAGGGAAUUGGUCGAUGAGUGCAAGACUUUCUUCUUCGGUGGCCACGAGACCACAGCAUUGGCUCUUUCAUGGACAUUGCUGCUUUUGGCGAUGCAUCCAGAGUGGCAAAAGCAACUGAGAGAGGAGAUUAGAGAAGUUGCAGGAGAUAAGGAAAUCGAUUUCACAAAGCUUGCUGGACUUAAGAAGAUGGGAUGGGUGAUGAAUGAGGUGUUAAGACUGUACUCACCAGCCCCUAAUAUACAAAGGCAAGCUAGGGAAGAUAUCCAAGUAAAUGACCUGAUAAUACCUAAAGGAACCAACAUGUGGAUUGAUGUUGUAGCCAUGAACCAUGACCCUAAACUGUGGGGAGAAGAUGUGAAUGAGUUUAAGCCAGAGAGGUUCAAGGAUGACUUGUAUGGUGGAUGCAAACACAAGAUGGGGUUCUUGCCUUUUGGGUUUGGAGGAAGAAUGUGCAUUGGUAGGAACUUGACAAUGAUGGAGUACAAGAUUGUGCUAACCCUAGUUCUCACUAGGUUUUCAUUCUCCAUCUCCCCGAGUUACAGUCACUCUCCUGCUAUUGUUCUCUCCUUGAGGCCUAGCAAUGGCUUGCCACUCAUUGUCAAACCCCUAUAGAUCAGCUAUAUUCCAUGCCAUUAAUAGCUAGCUAGGUCCAGCGUAGCUUUCGGGCCACGAGAUAUAUAUAGAUACCUAAUUAAGCAGCUUUUUCUUGGAGCUUAUCCACGUGUAAAAGAUAUGAAUAAUGUGGAAGAUAGGUUCCCGAUCAUUUUAGUAGCCAUAGUUAAUCAUUUAAAUGUCCUUUGUCAUCAUUUCAAUUUCGUAGUUUGGAAUGUUAUAAAAUUAAUGGGGUUGUCA